CUAUUCUAGAGUGUCGUUCAAAACAUUGCUGGAGUUUGUAGAAAUUCGUAAGAAGUUCAGCAAAAACAAGGAGAAAGAAAACCCAAAAGAACUAAAUGGGCUCCACCGCAGCACAGGAUCCGUUGAAGGAAUUCAAACGGCAUGAAACCGGCAAAGGGCCACAUGGAUUAGGAGACCCAGAAGAUAAGUCUUUGAGAAAGGUUGAGGAGCAAGUCUUAAUCCCAAAAAUUAUGAGGGAGCGGGCCAAGGUAGAAAAGUGCACAGAUGAAGUCAAAGCAUUCAACGACUGCUGCAGCCAGUCAAGUUUGGCAAUGGUGUUUAGCUGCCGGAAAGAAAAUUCGGCGCUUAAAAGCUGCUUGGAGCGGUGGUACAAAGACGAGACAUUCAAGACCGAGUGCACAAAUAAAUUUUUAGAUGACAGAAGCGAAUUUAGAAGAACUGGUUUAGAAAGAAAAUAUCGGUCGCAGAGGUUAUGAGUAAACACUGAUUAAAAUUGAUAGCAGAUUACCAUAAAAAAGUAAAACAAUUUUUUAUUUUCAAGUUAGCUUGCUCAAAAUACAUACUUGAACGGCCAUUUAGUUAAAAGGUUAACCAUCGGAGCAGUCUGAAUCCGAGCGUGUGAAAGAAUCCGAAUCCUUCUCUCCAUUUGACGGUCUCUUUAAAGAGUGGCGCUUAAACACUCUGUCAGAAAUCGAUACUUUUGAGAGCCAACUAAUUGCAUCAGUGGGACAUUCCCGUGGCCAUGACACUCUGCAAAUGACUACCUCCUGUGAGGCAAAGAAAUUUGUUAAUGCGAUAAUGCUUCUUCAGGGAAUCUAGUACCUUGCUUGUUGUUUCGGCGAUUCGGUUCAAGGUGAGCAGCCUCUGCCACUGAAGCCGUUUCAAAUGAGUUUCAAUGACAACCACGCUCGACGCGUGGUAUUGACUAGGACCGUCUUUGUAAACCACUGAAAUUUCAUUGCACUUACAAGUUGUUUGCAAAUAAAAAUCAUUAGUUUACCAAACUCA